AUGAAAUCCCUUCGGGCCCACAUUUCAAGUCGCCCGCCCGGUGUAGCGGGCCUGCAAUUAAAUCCAGGCAUCGCGUUCGUGCCGUUCAUCCCGGGUAUCCAGCACGCCAGUCCACGAGGCCCGCUAGGCAAUAGGGCCACAUACGGAACUCAAGGUCCUCGAAAAGCACUAUUUCCUUACAGCCCGCACUCAACGGUUUCAACACAUUGCACAGGCUAUCCUCUCCACCAGGACCUAGGCAAGCGGUCAGGUCGCGCGCCAUACAGCACCAACGUCACCGCAACACACGAACCAAAGAUCCACCAUGUGUUCGAAGCCAAGACCGGCACAUGGCAGUACAUCGUCGCAGAUCCAGCAACAAGGACUGCCGUAAUCAUUGAUCCGGUCUUGGACUACGAUGCAGCCACACAGACCAUCACAACCGGCUCCGCUGAUGCCUUACUCGCCCUUGUCCAGGCAAACGGGUACCGGGUGGAGAGAAUCCUCGAAACACACGCCCAUGCAGACCACUUGACUGCUUCGUCGUACCUCCAAAAGCAACUCGUGCAAAGACAAGGCUUCCGGCCUCCCAUUGGCAUUGGCAAACGCAUCGCGCAAGUACAAAGGCUAUUUAGCCAGCGGUACGGGCUAGCGAAGGAUGAAUGGCUCGGUGUCUUCGACAAGCUCUUUGAAGACGACGAGACCUUUCGUGUGGGCGAAUUGACCGCGAAAGUAAUCCAUCUUCCCGGCCAUACCCCCGACCACUUAGGUUAUCAGGUUGGAGACAACGUCUUUUGCGGCGACUCCCUCUUCCACGCAGACAUCGGCACCGCACGCUGCGACUUUCCCGGCGGCGAUGCAACGCACCUCUUUCAAUCUGGUCGCAAGCUGCUAGAUCUCGAUGACCAUGUGAAGAUCUGGCCGGGCCACGACUACCCGCCCGAGGGCCGGGAUCCCGUACCCUGGAUGAGCGUGCGUGAUCAGAAAGAGCAGAAUAAGCACCUGAGCGAUGUCGUGACCGAGGAAGAGUUCGUGAAGAUGCGGACGGAGCGAGAUCGGCAUUUGAACGCGCCGAGGCUGCUUCAUCCGUCGCUGCAGAUGAACAUCCGGGCUGGGCGGCUGCCGAGGGAGGAGUCGGGACACCGGAUGCUUCGGUUACCUUUGAAGUUGAACGGUUUGAACUGGUAA